ACACUUUUCUGUAGUACAACCGUGUGUCAGUUUUAAUAGUGUGUGUUAACAUCAAUAUCGUGCCUCUGGAAACGACAUCGGUCUUUUUUCUCCUCUCCUCGUUUUCUUCUCCUUCUUUCUCUCUCGGUACACCAUGUCAGACCAGAACCCCAACCCGGAAUCAAUGCCCGAGCCCAUUGCCCGACCCGUCGGUGGAACCGAGUACAGCUGGUGCAAAGCCGUUCCCGUCGGCACCGGCAUAACCGUUCUAGCUUUCCUCCUCACUAAACCCCCAAACAUCCCACUUCUCCAAAACGCCCUCCACAACCUCCAAAAUUCCCACCCUAUCCUCCGCUCCAAGCACCACUUCGAUCCCGCCACCAACACCCACUCCUUCCUCACUCCCCCGACUCCCCACCUCCAAAUCCAGCCGUUCGAUCUCCCAUCAACGGCCAGCAUUCUCCAGACCCACUCCGCCGUCUCCCCAUUCCAUCAAAUCUUCGAACACGAGCUCAACCUCAACACGUGGCGCGACCCCGAUCCUCUGUCGGCCGGCACCGACGUGUUGUUCGCCAGCACCUACACGCUCAGCGAGUCCCAGUGGGCCCUGGUGCUCCGGCUGCACACGUCAGCAUGCGACCGCGCGGCGGCGGCGGCGCUGCUGAAGGAGCUGUUGAGGUCGGUUGGGGGAGGAGGGACAGAGAGGGAAUUAAAAGGAAAUGGGGAGGUUAUUUCGGCACUUGAGGAUCUGAUCCCAAAUGGGAAGGCGAACAAGCCGUUCUGGGCGCGUGGGGUGGACAUGCUUGGGUACUCUUUGAAUUCGUUCAGGCUGUCCAAUAUAGAGUUCGAAGACGUGAGUUUGCCGAGGACUACCCAGAUGGUGAAGUUGCGGCUUAACCCAGAACACACUGAUCAGCUUCUUGCUGGUUGCAAGUCCAGAGGAAUAAAACUAUGCGGGGUGCUGGCAGCUGCUGGAUUGAUUGCCGCGCAUGCCUCUAAGCACCUUCCCGAUCAUCAAUGGGAAAAGUAUGCUGUAGUAACGCUUCUUGACUGCCGUUCACUUCUUGAUCCGCCACUUUCUGCCAAUGAUUUUGGUUUUUAUCAUUCUGCCAUCAUGAAUUCACAUGACAUAAACGGAGAAAACACACUGUGGGAGCUGGCAAAGAGAUGCUACACAGCCUUUGCAGAUGCCAAGAAUUCUAACAAGCAUUUCUCAGACAUGUCAGACCUGAACUUCCUCAUGUGCAAGGCUAUUGAAAACCCUGGUUUGACUCCAUCAUCGUCGAUGAGAACUGCCUUUGUCUCGGUGUUUGAGGACCUAGUGAUCGAUGAUUCCAGUGAAGUGCACCAAGAGCUUGGGUUGGAGGACUACGAGGGGUGCGCUUCAGUCCAUGGUGUUGGCCCUUCCAUAGCUAUUUUUGACGCCAUACGUGAUGGAGGAUUGAAUUGUGCAUGUGUUUAUCCGUCGCCCUUGCAUUCAAGGGAACAAAUGCAAGGCUUGAUGGAUCAUAUGAAGAGCGUUCUUGUAGAUGGUUGUACUGUUGACAGCGAGAGCGAGAUUAGUUCAUCUGCUUAAUGAUGAUCAUGAAUUUAAUUCUUCCACUGUGCUGCAGCCUAUGGCAAAUGUUGUUUAGUGCUGCUUCAUUAGUGUGUAAAGAGUUCAGAAUAAAUCAAUAAAGAAAGGGAAAGACUGUUUAAAUAUA